GGGAGAUGAAGUAUGAUUACAUAUAGAAUACAAAUACAAUACCUUGCCUAUUUGUAGCAAUGGCUACUUAUUUAUUUUCUAUGUGGCAGGGCGCUAAAUAAUACGCAAUAUUUUAAUUACAAGUGAAUUGCUAAACAAACAUAAUUUACUAGUAUUUUUCUAUAGAGUUUACCUGCAACCAUUUCAGUUGCUGUUAUACAUUAGUUAGUCAUUUCGAUAAACGUUAAUAGUGUUUAAACGCGUGCGUACCGAAAACAUUUCGAACAGCACUACGGAACAACGCAUUAAGCACUGCAACAUUUUUUUUUAAACUGCUGGCCCUUUAAAUGGAAAAAUCUCCUCGCUGCACGACAUGUGCUUUCCCAUGCAGUCUCUCCUCCCCUUCCUCUUGCCACUGUUCCACAGAACUCGUCCUAUCCUGGGUUUGGAAAGAACCUUCCCCAGAGUAUACUUUCGUGAAGGGGUGGUGAGGGACUUAACCCAUUUGCUACUGUAUUGCCAUCCGGACUAAAGAAAAAGAAAAUUUCAGAUUUUGAACAAUGUCCAAAUCACGCAAAGAAAGCAAAAGUCUAGAAGAAUAUUCCAUCGUAUCCAGCACUAGCAGACCCAAGAAAAAGAAAUGGGGUCUGGUUGCUACUGGAGUUAUAGGUGGGACACUAGUGGCCCUGUAUGCAGUAGCAACUCCGUUUGUGGCACCAGCACUGAGAAAACUUUGUCUUCCUUAUGUACCUGCAACAACUACUCAGGUUAAAAAUGUGUUAAAAAUGCUUCGGUCUAGAACGGGAAUUGUGGUCGAUAUUGGAAGUGGUGAUGGACGAAUUGUAAUAGCUGCAGCAAAAGAAGGUUUCCAAGCUGUUGGCUAUGAAUUAAAUCCAUGGCUUGUUUGGUAUUCCCGUUUUCGUGCAUGGAGAGAAGGUGUACACCAUCAUACCAGAUUUUAUGUUUCAGAUUUAUGGAAGGUCAGUUUUUCUCGGUAUCGAAAUGUUGUCAUUUUUGGUGUGCCGCAAAUGAUGCCUCAGCUGGAAAAAAAGCUUCAGACGGAAUUGCAGGAUGCUGCCAGAGUUAUAGCCUGUCGCUUUCCUUUUCCUAAUUGGGUUCCAGAUCAUAUUUUUGGAGAAGGAGUAGAUACUGUGUGGACAUAUGACCUUGGCGCAUUUAGAAAAGUCAGUGACUUGAAACAAGUUGCCUCAAAACACUGUAUUCUUGAUACAACAGUAUGAAAAUAGCAGGAGAUGAUAUAUUUUCAGUGGUGGAUCUAGGGGCCCGGCAGCAGUUCGCACACUUGAAAAAUCGGCUGUUCAAUUUAAUAUUUGUGCACCUAUAACCCUAGGAGACUUUUAAUAAAAUUGAAUGUAUUACAGAGA